GGCAGAAAAGAAACAAACAAGUAACAAUGUAACUUACAUGCAGUCACACACCCCUUUUUCUUGUAACAAUGUGUACGUUUUUAAGGAGGGAGGGGGCGCGCGCAGGGAGAACGAGAGACGGAGAGAGAUAGAGAAAGGAGGAGGGGGGUGCGUUCUGAAAUAAUAUAGUCAGCCAUUUUUUAUGUAAGGGGAUUUUUUCUUAUUGGGGGGGUUGUUAAAAAAUAAAUAUAAGAGGGCGGCCAUCUUUGUUGCUCUGCCUAGUGUAAAAUAUUCCAAAACGCCCCCCACUUUUUUCUGUGCCGAUUUGAAUAUUAAAUAAAUAUCAAAUAAUCGGGCAAGAAUACGCGUUUUUUAUAACACAAGGACGGAUCCAAUGACAGGAAUAUAAUGUCCUCUCCUCUCCGGUCUUGUGAGGAAGACGAGGGCAUGGUGGUUAAUUCCGAGGGAGGAGAUUUUGAUGAAGAAGACGACGACGGAGACCUAGACGAGAACGCAAGCGACAUAAACUCGCCGGCGGCGCCUCGGGAAACUGCAACACCAGCCGCGCCAGACGAAGAGGCCGAGAUCUCAGACAGAGAUGUUCCAUGUCGGAAGAAGGGACGGCCGAAAAAAAAGAAGGACGCAAAGAAGAAAGACAAAGAGGGGAAACCCACAAAAGUGAAAAAACGCAAGAAGAUUGACAGUGACGUAGACAGAGACUCGGAAAGAGAGCGGGACUACGGCGACAACUCGGACAGCGUAGCCAGCGACUAUGGAGCUGGGGAGAAGAAGAAGAAGAAGAAGCACAAAGAAAGGAAAGAGAAGAAGACCAAGAGGAAGAAAAAGGACGAUGGCGACCGAGACAGCAGCCAGGAGGAAACCACCAAGCAACCGAUGGAGCAGAAGACGUCCAUGCAGCUGGCCAAGGACUGGGGUCUGGAGGACGUUGACCAUACCUUCACAGAGGAAGACUACAGGGAACUCACCAACUACAAAGCCUUCAGCCAGUUUAUGAGGCCGAUGAUCGCCAAGAAGAACCCCAAGAUCCCCAUGUCCAAGAUGAUGACCAUCCUGGGAGCCAAGUGGAGGGAGUUCAGCUCCAACAACCCCUUCAAGGGGAACGCCGCCGCCGUCGCAGCAGCUGCCGCCGCCGCCGCCAUCGCCGUCGCCGAGCAGGUGUCUGCGGCGACGGCGUCCCCCGAGCCGCCGCCUCAGCCGCCACCCAUCAGGAAGGCCAAGACGAAAGAGGGCAAAGGUCCAGGCUACAAGAAACGCAGUAAAAGUCCCCGAGUGUCGGACAAGAAGAAGGCGGCAGCGUUGGCCAAGGCCAAGAAGAUGGCGCCCAUUCGUAUUAAACUAUCACCCAUAAGUGCCAAGAGGAAGAAGAGCUGCUCUAGCGACGACAUGGACGAGGACGAGUCUGAGCAGGAGGACUCCAGCGUUCACAGCUCCUCGGUCCGCUCCGACAGCUCCGGCCGCGUCAAGAAGAACAAGCGAGGGCGUCCUUCCAAGAAGAAGAAGAAGAUCGCAGGUGACGACGAAGGCGACGGCUACGAGACGGAUCACCAGGACUACUGCGAGGUGUGCCAGCAGGGGGGCGAGAUCAUCCUGUGCGACACCUGUCCCCGGGCCUAUCACCUCGUCUGCCUGGAGCCGGAGCUGGACAAGGCCCCCGAGGGCAAGUGGAGCUGCCCGCACUGCGAAAAAGAGGGAAUCCAGUGGGAGGCGAAAGACGAAGACUUCGAAGACUUCGAGGAGGACAGUGAGGACAGGGUGAUCUCAGAGGUGGGGAUCCACACGGGGGCGGAGGAGGAGGAUGACGACCACAUGGAGUUCUGCCGGGUGUGCAAGGACGGAGGGGAGCUGUUGUGCUGCGACACGUGCACUUCCUCCUACCACAUCCACUGUCUGAACCCCCCGCUGCCGGAGAUCCCCAACGGAGAGUGGCUGUGUCCACGGUGCACGUGUCCGCCAAUGAAAGGACGCGUCCAGAGGAUCCUCCACUGGCGAUGGGGAGAACCGCCGCCUCCCAUUCCUGUGCCGCCGGCCCCUGACGCUCCACCCGACGCCCCCCCACCGCCGCCCAUGAAGGGCCGAGCGGAGAGGGAGUUCUUCGUGAAGUUCGCUGGGCAGUCGUACUGGCACUGCACCUGGAUCACCGAGCUGCAGCUGGAGAUCUUCCACUCUGUGAUGUACAGAAACUACCAGAGGAAGACGGACAUGGACGAGCCUCCCAGUCUGGAUUACGGCUCGGGCGCAGAGGACGAGAACGGAGUGGGAAAGAGUGAGAAGAGGAGGGCCAAGGACCCCCAGUACGCCAUCCUGGAGGACAAGUACUACAGAUACGGCAUCAAGCCUGAGUGGAUGAUGAUCCACAGAAUCAUCAACCACAGUCUCGAUAAGAAAGGGAUUUAUCACUAUCUGGUCAAAUGGAGAGACCUGACCUACGACCAGUGCACCUGGGAGCGAGACGACCUGCAGAUCCCCGACUUUGCAAUUUACAAGACCAACUAUUGGAGACACAGAGACGCCAUAAUGAAGGAGGAUCCAGACAAACCGAGGAGGAUGAAGAGCAGGAACCUGGAGGGUGACGAAGAGGAGUCUCCUGCUGCCUCCCCGGUCACUGACCCUACGAUAAAAUACGAGGAGCAGCCAGACUUUGUCACGUCGACGGGCGGCACGCUGCAUCUGUACCAGCUGGAGGGCCUCAACUGGCUGCGCUUUUCGUGGGCUCAGGGCACAGACACCAUCCUGGCGGAUGAGAUGGGGCUGGGGAAGACCAUCCAGACCAUCGUCUUCCUCUACUCGCUGUUCAAGGAGGGUCACACUAAGGGUCCGUUCCUGGUCAGCGCGCCGCUCUCCACCAUCAUCAACUGGGAGAGGGAGUUCGAAAUGUGGGCGCCCGACUUUUACGUGGUGACGUACACGGGGGACAAGGACAGUAGAGCCAUCAUACGGGAGAACGAGUUCUCCUUCGAUGACACGGCCGUCAAAGGAGGGAAGAAGGCCUUUAAACUGAGGAGGGAGGCUCCCAUCAAAUUCCACGUGCUGCUCACCUCCUACGAGUUGGUGACCAUUGACCAGACAGCGCUCAAGUCCAUCGACUGGGCCUGCCUGGUGGUGGACGAGGCUCACCGCCUUAAGAACAACCAGUCCAAGUUUUUCAGGCGUCUGAACGACUAUAAGAUUGACCACAAGCUGCUGCUGACAGGAACUCCUCUACAAAACAACCUGGAGGAGCUGUUUCACCUGCUCAACUUCCUGACACCCAAUCGCUUCAAUAAUUUGGAGGGUUUCCUGGAAGAGUUCGCCGACAUCUCGAAGGAGGACCAGAUCAAGAAGCUCCACGACCUGCUGGGGCCCCACAUGCUGCGACGGCUGAAGGCCGACGUCUUCAAGAACAUGCCUGCCAAGACCGAGCUGAUUGUGCGAGUGGAGCUGAGCCCCAUGCAGAAGAAAUACUACAAGCUGAUUCUGACCAAGAACUUUGAGGCCUUGAACUCGAAAGGUGGAGGAAACCAGGUGUCCCUGCUCAACAUCAUGAUGGACCUAAAGAAGUGCUGCAACCACCCCUACCUCUUCCCUGUGGCCUCCAUGGAGGCCCAAAAAACCCCCAGCGGUGCGUACGAAGGCUCGGCCCUCACCAAGGCUUCUGGGAAACUCAUGCUACUGCAGAAGAUGCUGAGGAAACUAAAAGACCAGGGGCAUCGAGUCCUGGUCUUCUCUCAGAUGACUAAAAUGCUGGAUUUGUUGGAGGACUUCCUGGACUUUGAAGGUUAUAAGUAUGAGAGAAUAGACGGCGGCAUCACAGGAGCCCUGAGACAAGAGGCCAUCGACCGCUUCAACGCUCCUGGUGCUUGUCAGUUCUGUUUCUUGCUCUCCACCAGAGCCGGAGGUUUGGGGAUUAACUUGGCCACGGCCGACACCGUCAUCAUCUUCGACUCUGACUGGAACCCUCACAACGACAUACAGGCGUUCAGUCGAGCCCACCGGAUCGGCCAGGCCAACAAGGUGAUGAUCUACCGCUUCGUGACGCGAGCCAGCGUGGAGGAGCGGAUCACCCAGGUGGCCAAGAGGAAGAUGAUGCUGACGCACCUGGUGGUGCGGCCGGGCCUGGGCUCCAAGGCGGGCUCCAUGACCAAGCAGGAGCUGGACGACAUCCUCAAGUUCGGAACAGAGGAGCUUUUCAAGGACGAGGGAGAAGGUAUGAAGAACAAUUCAGGGGAUAAAGUUGAGGACGAAGGAAACGUGAUCCACUACGACAGCACGGCCAUCGAGAGGCUGCUGGACCGAAGCCAGGACGCCACCGACGACACAGACGUCCAGAACAUGAACGAGUACCUCAGCUCCUUUAAAGUGGCCCAGUACAUGGUCCGGGAGGAGGAUAAGAUCGAGGAGAUCGAGAGGGAGAUCAUCAAACAGGAGGAGAACGUGGAUCCAGACUAUUGGGAGAAGCUGCUGCGGCAUCAUUACGAGCAGCAGCAGGAGGACCUGGCCAGCAAACUGGGCAAAGGCAAGAGGAACCGCAAGCCGGUCAACUACAACGACGCGGCGCAGGAGGACCAAGAGUGGCACGCCGACAUUUCAGACAACCAGUCCGAGUACUCGGUGGGAUCCGAGGAGGAGGACGAGGACUUUGACGACCGGCCCGAAGGCCGGAGGCAGUCGCGUCGCCAGCUGCGGAACGAGAAGGAUAAACCUCUGCCUCCGCUCCUCGCCAGAGUCGGAGGCAACCUUGAGGUGCUGGGCUUUAACACGCGCCAGCGGAAGGCCUUCCUGAACGCGGUGAUGCGCUGGGGGAUGCCGUCUCAGGACGCGUUCUCCUCCCAGUGGCUGGUCAGAGACCUCCGCGGCAAGACGGAGAAGGAAUUCAAAGCCUACGUGUCCCUCUUCAUGCGCCACCUGUGCGAGCCGGUGGCGGACGGCGCCGAGACCUUUGCGGACGGCGUUCCCAGGGAGGGCUUGUGUCGGCAGCCGGUCCUCACCCGCAUCGGCGUCAUGUCUCUGGUCAAGAAGAAGAUCCAGGAGUUCGAGCACAUCAACGGGCGCUGGAGUCUCCCAGAGCUCAAGCCUGAGGUCAGCCUAGACAAAACCUCCUCCAGGGCCUCCUCUCCGGCAGUGAAGACCGCCACCCCCACCCCCGACGCCAGCUACAACAACACCCCGUGCACCUCCAAGCCAGCGACCCCUGCUCCAGCAGAUGCGCUGGAAAAGAGUGGAAAAGAGGCCGAGAAGGACGAGGACAAAGAGGAAGGUGAGGCCCCGUCGGAGAAAGAGAAAGUGAAGGAGAAGGAUGAGGGGAAAGAGGUGGACAACAGCAAGACUGGAGACCCUGAAGAGGUUUCCUCCUCCGCGAAGCACGCGUCCCGAAGUGCGUCUCCCGGCCAAAAGUCCGAAUGCAAAGAUGAGAGCCGCCUGAAAGAUGAGGAGAAGAAAGAAGGCAGUGACGCGGCGUCUGCCGUAACGGAGGAAAAAAAGGCACAGGAGGAGAACAAAGAGGAGACGAAGCAAACAUCAAAGCAGGACUCGGAGGUCAAGGAGGAGAAAUCAGAAGCAGAAAAGGCUGAGGAGGACAAGGAGAAAGGCAAAGACAAGCGUGAAGACACGCAAACGGCGGCAGAAGCGCCCGACGCCAGGGAGAAAAGCGACGGGGCGGAGGUGAAGAAAGGCUUCCUGUGUUUCUCAAAAACAGAGGAGGUCAAAGGGGAAAAGGACGCUGGGAAAGAAGUGGUGCUGAGGGAGGUGCACAGGGCCGGGAAGCCUCCGAUGGAGCGGCCGCGCUUCAUGUUCAACAUUGCAGAUGGCGGCUUCACUGAGCUGCACACUCUCUGGCAGAACGAGGAGCGCGCCGCCAUCUCCUCGGGGAAGAUGAACGAAAUCUGGCACCGCAGACACGACUUCUGGCUGCUAGCGGGAAUCGUGAUCCACGGCUACGCUCGGUGGCAGGACAUCCAGAACGACCCGCAGUUCGCCAUCGUCAACGAGCCGUUCAAGUCGCAGGCGAACAAAGGCAACUUCCUGGAGAUGAAGAACAAGUUUCUGGCUCGGCGCUUCAAGCUGCUGGAGCAGGCACUGGUCAUAGAGGAGCAGCUGCGGCGGGCGGCCUACCUGAACAUGACCCAGGACCCCAGCCACCCGGCCAUGGCGCUCAACGCCCGCUUCGCCGAGGUGGAGUGCCUGGCGGAGUCGCACCAGCACCUCAGCAAGGAGUCGCUGGCGGGCAACAAGCCGGCCAACGCCGUCCUGCACAAAGUGCUGAACCAGCUGGAGGAGCUGCUGAGCGACAUGAAGGCCGACGUGACGCGGCUGCCGGCCACGCUGUCGCGGGUGCCGCCCAUCACCGCCCGCCUGCAGAUGUCCGAGAGGAGCAUCCUCAGCCGGCUGGCGAGCAAGGGCACCGAGACGCACGCGCCCCCGCCCAUCCCUCCGGGACCCUACGCCACCCCUCAGAACUAUGGCGCGCCCUUCACCCCUGCUCCCCCGAGUGCCCUGCACAUGGGAGGGGCCAACUACAGUCAGAUGCCGCCUGGAUCCUUCAUAUCAGAAGCCGCCGCAGCAGCUGGGGCCACCGGGGGAGCCGCCGCGGGAGGCCCGACCACUGCCGGCGCUUGCCAGAAGACUAAGGAGCACGAUGUGGUGCAGCGGCAGCGGGUGGUGGACCUGUGGAAGGACGGGAAGUCCGAGGGGGCCAUCGGGCAGGAGCUGAGGAUGCCCAAGUCCACGGUGCACAGCAUCAUCGUGAAGUAUCGGCUCAGCAACACGGUGGAGAACCUCCCGCGCAACGGGCGACCAAAGAAACCUUGAGCCCGGAGGAGGAGGCUCAUCAAAAGGGAAGAUGAAAGAACACUUGGAUGAAACAUCCUGGAAUGUAAGAAACAGAGGCCAGAUGAAAACCUAAAUGCGGGAGGAGGAAGCGCGAAAGGAACCAAGGACAGAGCACUUUUCACCGACGGAAUGUGACAAAUACAAAAGGGAGAAAGUGAAGCUCACUGGAUGACUCCAAAAGAGAUGAAUAGCAAGACGGCAGAAAAAGGAAAGGACAUGAGAAGUGAAAAGAAGUGGCAGCACUUUGAUGCACAAAGGAAAACAAGCAAUCAGUCACAGGGAAAGAAAGAGGGAGAGAGAGAGAGGACCUGAAUACGAAGGGAGAGGUAAAAAACUGGCCCGAAGAUCAAGCACUAAUGAUGUGAGCGGGAGGAGAAGGGGGCACGGAGACAGAAAAAACAGAGAUGACCUGUCUGGAGCAAACAAAUUCUCAAGCAAAGAACCACGGUACCACUGGAAAAGGCCCAAAGAGCUGCCUCUGUGAGGAAAGACGUCUGGACCCGGGGGAGCGGGAGAAAAACGCCUGUAUGUUAAUGCAAUUACGCUUCUCCAGGAAUUCAAAUAUGAGGGCAGAAUGGAGGAAAUAUGCAACAAAGGGUUUUUUUUCCCGCUCAGACAGAUUCUCCUGGACCUCUUUUUCUGUUUCUCCCUCCACGCAGACACAAGCUUUUCCCCACAGAUCAAUUCUUCAUCCCCCAGUUGACUGAACAAGUCCGUCCCCUCGCUCUGACCCUGUACUCCCUCAUUCCUCCACUUCUCUGCCUCGCCCGCUCUCUCUCUCUCUCACGCACACUUUAUACCUCACACACACAACCUGAAAACUUGCAAAGAACUUGUUUAGGUUCACAUUUCGUCUGCUGAGUCCAGCCCGAUGAAACUCCAGACUCCAAAUAGAAAGGGACAAACUGGACUAACAUUAUCUUGCAAAAGAAAAAAAAAAAAAGGACAGAGAGGAAAAAAGCGUUUUCUAAUUAUAAAACGCUAAUUCACAUGGACUCCUUGUGCCGAGCAUUCCUACGUCCAACCAAGCAGAGAAGCAAGAACCAUAGAUAUAAAAGCUGAGACGUUGCCUUUGUUCAGCACUCAGUAGCAAUGUUGCCCCGACCCAGUUCUACGGGCAGGUAAUACCAUAAGUACUGUAAUACAAAGCCUAUUUAAUGUUGCACCUUGUUACUUAAAGGAGAAUAUCACUCCUCCUCAGUAAACACAUUUACUGCUCUUAGCAAAAAUCUGUAUUUAUGAGUAGCUCUUCCCCAAAGUUUAGGACUGUAAUCUGUCAUGGAGAGAAAAAGAGAGACUCACUUUGAAGCCCGAGGAGACAUUUUUGUUCUUCGAGGUUCUUUAUUGUGACAGCGUGAUGGAUUCCACACUGGAAAAUGUCCCCCGUUCCCCAAGAAAAUAAAACACUCUGGACUCGCUCAUGGUUUUUCCAGCUCGCCGCGUGUGACGUCGCGGGUGGGGAGCGGGACGGGCUCCUCCGCAUCGUCCCCGGCCGGCGGGAAGGAAGCGCCGAGAGGAGGUUCCGGCUGCGGCUGGGCGGUAUUUCCCUUUAAGCUGGGACGCUGCAGGAGAGUGGCAGCUGUGCGGCCUGCAAUGAGGAUGUGUGCGCACAGGUUGAUGACUCAUCACGACGUGUGUGUGAAUGCGUUUUGGCACAUGUUGUGCUGUGUGAAUGAAUCUCAUACCAUGAUGGUGCCAAUGAUUGCCCAGUUUCCACUAUUUCACACGAUAAGCUGAACCCCUCCGGUGUUUAAGUUUUGUCUCACUAACCAUUCAGACGCUAGCGUUGCCUGUGUACGAAUCGUUAAAGCUGCACUGAUCGAGGCGACGUGACACUAAACCCACACAAUCUCGCUGCUCCGCAGCUUGUUUGUUGUUACGUUUAUUUAUUCCCAGUUUACUCUUUCCAUUGAACCCAUUUGCUUGUGUUUGAAGCUGCAGGCAGCUCGUUAUCUGUAAGAAAGGUCUGGAACCCAGCGUUGGUGAAGUGAAGCCUUGAUCAGAGCACGGAGCUGAAAUGAAGAUAUGGACUCAAACAAGUUUUCUUUAUCCCAGUAUAGAAACAUACUGGUUCUUGGUCUUAAAUGUAAAACUCAGCCUUAAAACAUAACGUGCAGCAACAAACCUCUUAUAGGUAAAAUAGAGAAACCGCGGCAACUUUAUUUACAAAACUCUUUUCAAGCCUCUGUUGAAAAGACUCUAAAUUCUAACAAGCCUGUGCCUUUUUGGUUCCUGAAAAGUCGACAAUUCAAAGGCCUGAGGUCGGUCCUGAUGAAAGGCUCUGGCAUGGUCUAACCAGAUAGUAGGCAGGACCUACAUGGGAGAGGCGUAGGCUGACACUUUCACAGUAUAUUACUGUGAAAUCAAAUGUAUCUUGGGCCGGUGUUGGUGCAUAAACUGCAGCUACUAGGAGCUGAAGGGAGACUAGUGAGUGUGUGGGAGGAGGGGGGGGGGUCCUUGGACGGAGGAGUAGCACUGCAGAGGGGAUUUGGCAGCGGAGGGAACUGUGCAACGUGGGGCUGCACAGAGGGAACCUGUUAUCUGGUGGAAGACAAGCGCUUCAUUCAAUGUCUCCCGCUGUAUUUCCGUGGCUGCUUUACCUUAUGUGCCCCCAGGUAGAGCUCAGCUGACGCCUGGGUUUUGUGAGGCCCAUACAAAUGUUCAAGCAGCCUCGUGGUCUGGUGAUCGCAGGAGCACUUUGAAUUUGACUAAGUCGAUGUAUUGAAUUAGAUACAGUCAUAGAGGUUUAUCUUGCCUUUAGAGCUCAAAUAUAUUGCUGUGAUUGUUUCACAAUAAAAGUCUUAGUUGAACACAAUCACCACAGUGCAGGUUCUGUGUGGGGUUUAGAAAGUGAUGCUUAGGUUCAAGCACUCUAAUGUGUUAGAUGUCCACCGUUAAAACACUGACUGGCCUUUAGUGGCGUACCGCAGGGCAGAGACGCAGGGCGUCUACAUUUCUGCCUCUCCUUGUCUCUCCCUCGCCUCCAUCUCCGGCCUUUGCUCCCGCAUCCUUUUUCCACUGCGCCCAUAACUUCUGCCCCCUUGCCCCGUCGUUACCUUGAUUUGUUUUGCUCCUUAUCAGAUUUGGUCCGUGCUCUCGCCGCUCACACUCACUUGCUGACUCGGCCUCUUCUUUCUGCUUCUCUGCGCCCCCCCCCCCCCCCCCGGUUCCACACGCCGUCGCCGUCCCUCCAGCUCAGGCGGCCGCUUCUGGUACCUCUGAUCUGCACAGGAGUGCUAUGACAGUUUAUCUUUCCCCGUGGCACGAGUGAGAGAGGUGCACGGUUAGUCUAUUCCCGGCUUUUGUUUUGAAAGGAGGGCUAAACUUGCCGCUGCGCAGAUUCAUGAUAGCGCGCAAAUGUGGGGAGCACGUACGUGUGCUGGCCAGCUGCGCAGUUGUGUGUUGUGCUAUUGCUUUUUGUGUGUGAGUGCGUGUGCACGUCUGCGUGCGUGUCUGUCUGUCUUUGUGUGUGCAUGUGUUUGUGUGUGCGCACAUGCAUGCAUGCAUGCAUGUGCACGUGCGUGUGUUGCAUAUGCAUGUGUGCGUGUGCAUGUGUGUGAGGGCGUGUGCACGUGUGUGUUUGUGUGUGUCCGUGCGUGUGUGUUUAUACUCAUUGCCGACCUCACUUUCUCCACGUUACCAGUCAUGCAUUCUGGGGUUUUAUGAUUAAACAUGAUACUGUAUAUGUAACAUGAUAUAUUGACGUACUGUAAUGUAUUAUGCAAGUUUGCUUAUUAAAAAGUUGAGAGUUAA